AUGAAGUCCUUCGAGGAUUGUACUACAUACGUCUUUCCUUUUCGGCCCUCUAAUUUGCAGCUCUCCCAGUGUCUACUCAGGGAAGAGGUCCGUUCUGGUUAUCUGACCAAGGAGAAAAACAUUCUGUGUAACGUGCUCAACGAGAACAAAGGAGUGAAGCAUCGAAAGGAAUGUGCUCCCGAGCAAUACGUUUUGAACAAACAACUGGAGGUUUCGCAACUGGCUCGCGAACUCUCUCAGUUCUACCACGAGAUGAAUCGCUUCCACUACUGCUCGCUGACCAUCAACAACACGAUCCCCUUUCGCUUCACGCUCCCCAGUCGACACAAGCCCAAAUCGACCAUCCAGUUCUACACAUCGACAGAGCCGAUCACGAAAGAGACGAUCGAGCUGUACAAUUCCAUCCUGCUCUUCUAUCCUCCCCACUUUUACACACAAGCGGCCAAAGAAUCCGAAAGCUCCUUCCUCGCGAAAUUCGUCGCGCUCGCUUCUCCGUUUCUCUCGUUCGAAGCGAUGAGUGUCGAGCUCGACGUUCCCAUCGAGAAAAUCUUCGAAGUGGCGCUCAAUCUGCAAGAAGCCAACAUGGCCACCAUUAUCAUUUGCAUUACACAUCGCACGUGUUUCACAGUCGCUCCAAACCUUCCCACCGAGCACCUUUCAGCACGAAACAAUGAAUUCAAAGCGAGAUUUGGCGAGCUUGGCUCGCUUCUUCACAUUCUCGCGAUCUUUAGCAACGCGCCCAGUUUGAAAGCCGUGUUUCCGCACUUUAAGCUUGCUUACACACCCUACACCUCCGCAUCUGCGGAAGAAUUGCAGAUCUACAACGCGAUCCUCUAUCUCAUGCAGAAGCGAUUCAUCGUUCCUGUCGCUGUGCAUUGCCAGUACAGAGAGUUCCCUCCCAGCUCCAAACUCCACAAAACACGCGAUGAAGAAGACACCCACGAUGAGGAUGAAUACACCAACACUCACUACAAGUACUGCGUCAGCAGCCAGACCUUGAGCAGCGUCUCCACCGCCCCUUCGUACGCCGAUUCCCAGCUGAUUCGCGGGGAAAAUCCCGAUUUUCUCUCCAUUCCGAAGUCCUUGCGGAACACAACGUAUUAUCCGCUGCUUUUCCGCUGUCACGAAAGCUUCCUAGAGAUUCCCGAGUCGUUGAGCGCGGCCACCAUCUCUGCAGAAGGCAUGGGGGACCGUUCCAGAGAGCAUUUGGCGCGGCUAAUCAAAGAAGGAUCGCCGAAUCCUGGACUUGGAAUCUACAAACCGCUGGGAGAAACGAAGGUCGUGUAUCAUAAGGAAUUGCUGGAGAAAUGCAAGCCACUGAUGAAAGAUCAUUAUUGCGUGGAGGAAAUCUGCUAUAAACUGGCAAUUCCAGAAUGUACGUUUUGGGAUAUGGUUCGGGAGGAUCCAAAGCAUUUUUAUGUGUAUUAUGUGGUUAGUAAUCUGUGA